CAAAGAACAAAUCCACGAGAAACACCCAACGAGGAGCAGCAAUACCCCCCUGUAAAUAGAACAGCAGAUCCAAGACUAGCAGAAAAUUUGACACCAGUAGUAACAAACAAUCCAACACCAAGAAGACCAUCAACUUCAGCGACAGAACCGAUGGAGCAGGAACGACAGCCAGACAACUCAGACAUGCAGGAGCAACUUUUAAACUCAUCAUCACCAUCACGUUCCGGCUCUACUCCAUUGCCAUUAAACCCUGUUGCUGGUUCGUCUCAUGUCAGUGAUCCAGUUGCUAACCAUCGAUCACAUCCUCCCUUUGUCCCUCAUUACAUAGAUUCCAGCGAUGACCUUGACUCACCAUCAUCUGUCUCAAACUCACCACCUGUUUUCAGAAAUACACAUUGUGUUGACGGAGUCCAACAAUCUGCUGCUACCAACUUGCCAUUUAAUUCCAAUAAGCCAUUCGUCAAUAAUGACAAUGUGCCUGCAACUCCACCUCGAACCGAGCCAAUCCCAGUCAUCCCGAUUCCAGUCAACUCCAAUGAUACACCAAGUAUUAACAUCUCACCCACCAACAACACCUUGCAUAUCAACUUACCCAUACCAUUGCCAUUUAUGCACCAACCAUCAUCACCAACUCACCAGUCUACAGCACUGAACCGUAAUCUACCUGAUGAAGAGCCAGUGUCAGUCAAUGAAACACAACCAAUGCCACAACCUCAGCAUGUGCCCAGAGGAAGAUGCCCUGAUCCAACAUGUGAUAGCCUGG